AGUACGUGGCGGAAGUUGAUUCGCACCUGUCAUCUGCUAAGCAUCCAUGUAAACAAAAGCUAUUGGUUAUUGAAAUGGAUAAUUAUCCGAUAAUAUACAACAUUUAAGCAUAUGUCAUUCCACAUGCUUCAUUGUGCUCAUUGGGCUCAUUGGCAACCAUGUAUCCUUCUAGAAUAGCAAAUGUGCUGACUAUAUUGUUAAUUGGACUUGGGUGGGGAGUAUUUUGUGAAGUUACACAAAAUGAAGAUGGUUCAGAAGGGGUCAUUAGUUUCCAGACACCAACUUUGAAUGACGAGGAGGCCCAUAGCAUGCAUAUGCCAAGUCAUCUUAAGUGUGAUGCUUGCACUGCAGUAGCGUUUCAGCUUGCAAAAGGCUUUGAUGAUUUCCAUCUGAAGAGACCAUCCUUAAAAAUAUUACCAGAGUCUGAGAUAUACAGAAUUGUUGAUGAAGUCUGCCAAGAGGGGAAAGAACUUGAAAAAUAUGGUGUUAAAGAGGUGAAGAAAGUAAAGAGAUUGUCAGGCCCAGGUUUAGAAGCUGAAGAUUCACCCGGUAUCAUGCAAGGUGGAGGCAAGUGGCCAGAAAGAAUGAAGAGAAUGUGUAAUCUAUAUGUAGAAGAGUUUGAUGAAAAUAGAAUAUACAAUGAAUACAAAAAGAAAGGAGAUCAUUUGCAGGGCCUAUUGUGUAGGAGCACGGCCCAUGCAGGACUCACUGACGUAUGUACACAUUUCCAUCCUGGUGCUCCAAUCGAUGCAUCGAAAACCAAGAAGAAAAAGAAGGAAGAAUUGUGAUUUGAAAAUACUCAUUAGAACAUUUUAUUUACAUUUUUCUUCCGAUUUAGUUAUGUUGUAAGGUGGUGUUGUUUUUUUUUUUUUUACUUCUGUAUAUUAACCUUUUUUUAAAGAUUUUUUUCAAUGUUUACAGCUUUGUAUCAAAGGAAAGUUCGCAUAAUAGUAAUUUUCAUUAUUAAAUAGCUGCAUCUUAAUUACAUGUUUAAAUCAAAAAGGAUGUUAAAGCGGCACCUAGUCCAGAAUUAUGUCAAAUUUUUCCGAAAUCUAGAAACAGAAAAAGGAAGUUUCAUUUAGGUCCAUGUAGGGAACCAUUAAAGUUCAAGAAAAUGAUGCUGAUAUUCUGAAAGCUAAACCAGAAAAUGUCUGUUUAUUGAAAUUUGAAAAACGUUUAAAAAGUUGAAAUAUUUUUGAAUGAAGAUAAAAAUGGUGCAUUUUAAAUAAUUUCAAAUUUUUCUUUGAACUGUUCGGAGUCUACUGGUAAUGUUGUCAAAGGUCAGGAUUAUAGGUAAUCAACUUGUACACAAUUAUUUUUGUUGUGCAAAGUGGAACUUUUUACCUUUAGGAGGUAUUUUAGUUUAGCAUGAAUGAUAAGACGUGUUAAAUCACCUUUACAUAUACAUUUCUUUAGCAAUUUAGAUAUUAAUCAGACUACUGAGAACACUCUCAGAUAUUUUUUAACUAUUAACAGUAUUUAUGCCAUUAUCCACCAUACAUGCAGUGAAACACUGCUUGAUGUUACAUAACUCUCUCAACCACUUCAGCUCACUGUAGCAGUUUUAUGUUAUCCACCAACACUUUCCUUGUAUUUUUUAUGUUUGGUAACUGAAGCAAUUUGCUCAUCCCCAAGUGACCUUGAGCAAUUGGUGUUUUACUGUAGACUGCUCAAAUCCUUUCAGCUCAUUUAGCUUAUACUGUAAUAAUCAUUAGGUAGCCUUUUUCUGUUUAGAAUUUCAUAUUUAGUGUUCGGACAUUUAGCCAGUAGAAUAUGUACUUGUACAUAGAAAAGUGAUGUGUAGUCUUGCCAUUGGUAUGGCCAAAGUGUCAGUCUUUGUGUUCCAUGUAAAAUUCUUGAUCUCAUCCCAUGUUGUAGCUAGCUGAGAAGCCUAGAGGCCCAGGCCUUGUGUUCACAAAACAUUUUUCGAUCUCAGCUGAGUUUGAGUUUGAAAUUUUAAUAUCAAUUUUACGAAAUCUUCAAGGUUAAAUUCCAACUGAAACUGACCAUAAUUACUGAAUAGCCACUUGAAAAUAGUUAUUAACUUGAAAUUCAGUUUUAAACAUGCUAUUUAGAUAGAAAUGACAUAUUAAGUUUCAUAAUCAAACUCGGCUAAGACUGAAAAUGUUUUGUGAACAUGGGGCCAGGUCAGCAAAUGAUUUCAAAAGCAUGGUUUAUUAAACAUUUAAAAAAUUUUGCCAGGAGGUGGGGUAUGGGGCAUGCCCCUCAGUCCACUGAUUUGUGCCUGCAUUCAUAUGCUUUCAAAUUCAUUGCAUAUACUGGUUUUGUGCCUGUCAUCAACUGCCUUUCUGCAAAUAUGAAUUAUUCGUAGAAUGACAAUUGUUGUGCCUUUUUGAAUAUAUGAAUUAUUCAUAAAAUGACAAUUGUUGUGCCUUUCUGUCUAUAUGAAUUAUUCAUAGAAUGACAAUUGUUGUGCCUUUCUGCAUAUACGAAUUAUUCAUAGGAUGACAAUUGUUGUGCCUUUCUGCAUAUACGAAUUAUUCAUAGAAUGACAAUUGUUGUGCCUUUCUGCAUAUUAUACGAAUUAUUCAUAGAAUGACAAUUGUUGUGCCUUUCUACAUAUAUGAAUUAUUCAUAGAAUGACAAUUGUUGUGUGUCUCUAGUCUUUAGAGUUCAGAAUGAGUAUAAAAUUUCCUUUUGUAAAUUUUGUGAACGAGUUAUACUUGGUUUCACUGUUCUGAUAAAGUAACUUUUUUAUGUCAAAGUGAAUACAAAAGAUUUAGAUAAACUGUCAAAUUUUUAAGUGCCUUUAACAUUUUUUGCUGUUUUACAUUAUAUGAUGAAAAUAGAAAUUUGAGUACAUUUCUAUACCCUACGAUAUAUUAAUAUGCUCAUGUAGGUCUUUCAGUUUUGGACAACCAUUUCGUUUCCAAUCAAGCACAAAUGACUGCUAACUUCUUUUGCUGUUGGGGUCAAGGGUCAAGGACACAUUUACCUUGAAAUUAGAAAAAAAUAGGGUCCUUGCUUGGGUCUAAAAUAAUCAAACAUGAUAGUAAUACUAUUUAUUGUCAGUAGAUAACCUCUACCAAGUUCACAGCAUACUUACAGUUGACAGUUACUUACCCAGUUUUUCUCUGACAGGCUAUCUUUCAGGGCAUACGUGUUUUACAAACAGAUAUUUUAGCUCACUUGAGCACAAAGUGCUCAUGGUGAGCUAUUGUAAUCACGCUGUGUACGGCGUCCAUCGUGCGUCCAACCAUCAAGUCGUCCGUCCGUCGUCAACAUUUGUGUUUAAACGACAUCUCCAAAACCAAUGAAUGGAUUUUGAUGAAACUUGGCCAUGAUGUUCCUUGGGUGGUCCUCUACCAAAGUUGUUUAAACAGUUCUGCACAUAGGGGCUGCCAGAGCUAAAAAUAGAAAACACUUCAAACGACAUCUCCUCCUGAACUGAUGGUUUGAUUUUGAAAUAAUUUCACACAAAUGGUCCUUGUGUCACCCUCUACCAAAUUUUUUGAAAUUAUACCGAUUCGUCAAAAAACAUGGCCGCUAGAUGGCGUGGUCACUUUUCCCUAUAUGUAUAUAGUGGAAAUUUUAAAAAUCUUUUUGUAUGAAACUGCUUGCCCAAUUUUAGAAUAACUUUACACAAAUGAUCCUUGUGUGAUCCUCAACCAAGAUUGUUCAAGUUUUUUUGAUUCGUCAAAAAACAUGGCCGCCAGAGGGCGUGGUCACUUUUCCCUGUAUGUAUAUAGUGGAAACUUUAAAAAUCUUCUUGUGUGGAACUAAUGGCCCAAUUUUAGAAUUAUUUUAAACAAAUGAUCCUUGUGUGAUCCUCUACCAAGAUUGUUCAAAUUAUUUUGAUUCGUCAAAAAACAUGGCCGCCAGAGGGCGUGGUCACUUUUCCCUGUUUGUAUAUAGUGGAAACUUUAAGAUUGUUCAAAUUAGUUUGAUUUGUCAAAAAACAUGGCCAUCAGAGGGCGUUGUCACUUUUCCCUAUAUGUAUAUAAUGGAAACUUAAAAAUCUUCUUGUGUGAAACUGCUGGCCCGAUUUUAAAAUAAUUUUACACAAAUGGUCCUUGUGCGACCCUCUACCAAGAUUGUUUAAAUUAUUUUGAUUCGUCAAAAAACAUGGCCACCACAUGGCGUGGUCACUUUUCCCUAUAUGUAUAUAGUGGAAUCUUUAAAAAUCUUCUUGUUUGAAACUGCAAGCCAGAUUUUAAAAUAAUUUUUCACAAAUGGUUCUUGUGUGACCCUCUACCAAGAUUGUUCAAAUUAUUCCGAUUCGUCAAAAACACGGCUGCCAGGGGGCGUUGUCACUUUUCUCCUCUGAAUCAAUAAUAGCUAGAGCCUUGAUAUUUGGCGUGCGAUAUCAGAUAUGUAAUGUCUACCAUAAUUGUUCAAAAUUGCCCUAGGUUCAAAAGUGUGUGCGACAUGUAUAUGAUAUAGGCUAACAUAGAAGAAACCUAACUCUGUAUGUAUAAAAACACACUCGAAGCCUUGUACACAGGUGAGCGCUUUAGGGUCAAUGACCCUCUUGUUUUUUCAUCUCGACUAAGAUGAUGUUGUAGAGCUUUAAUUAUUCAGGUAAACUUACAACUUUGGUAAUUAUGUGUAUUGUUAAUGUAUUGUGAAAACUAUCAUUGGUGUGUGUAAUUUAUUUUUCUUGAUAAUGAGAGAGGAAUGAGUUUAAUAUGUUUAUUGCUAUAGCAAACAAAUCUGCUGUAGACAGGAAGUCUAGUAAACAUUCUGUAAAUAGCUUUAUUGCUCUAGUUUUUUUUUAAAGAGAUUUAAAUCUGGUAUAAUUAGUUAUGAAUUUAUUGCUUACCUUAACAGCAUUAAAAUAAUUUUGCAAAACUGCAAAUGUAAAGCCAUUUUCAAAAUAUUGCAAGUUCUCAGAAAUUGAGUUUCAUAUGCCAGUUUUUUUUUUUAGCAUAACAGAUUAUCAUUGUUAUUUUGCCAGCUUUUUGCUUGAAUGCUAUAAUCAAAUAAUUUAUGUGAAACAUCAAAAUUUAUUUCUGAAACAUGUAUAGCGCAUUUACCUUGAUUUGUUUUUCGCCAAAGGUCUUGUUAGUUUGACGGGAUUUUUUAUCAUAGAUAUUGUUUACAUUUAUUUCGGUAAAGGUAAGAUCAUUUCAAAAUGUACUGAUUCAAAAUACAUAUAGUAUACAUCAUGUAUUGGAUACAGACUAUGAAGUGAACUCUUCAUUAUGAAAUUCAAUUUGGAUGUAAAUAGAUCAGCUCUCUUUACAAAUACUGUAGAAUUCAUACACUCUGCAUGAAUAUUAUUAAAGUACUUGAAAAAAUUGAAAAUAUCUUGCAAUUGAUAGGAUGAAAAAUUAUGGAAAACAUCAUUUCUGUUGGUCAGUAUUUUCCAAAAUAGGUUUUUAUUGUUGGACCAUUUUGCAGUAUGUUUACAGUCGUUCUCAAAACAACUUUGAAUAUACUGUAGCAGAGACCAGAAUACAUUUUUACAAUUUAUGCUUAUCACUGGUGCAUGUUUGUUUUUUGAAGCCAUUAUCUAGAAUGUUGUGAAAGUAUUUCAUGUUAUUUUUCUACUUAUAUUUAUACUGUCUUCAUAAGAAGUUUAAAGUAUUAAUGUUACGACGUAAAAAUAAAAAUUGAUACUCAA